GUCUCCGUUCGUCUCCUCGUACGGCAACCAGGCGAGUGAGCUCACGUCGUGCGUUGCGCGCAUAUCAUUAUUUCGUGUCUCGUGUUCAACCUAGAAUACGGUUCCUCGCGUAUAUAUACGUUUCCUCGAUGCGUCGUAACGACGACGAUCGGGCGAUUUAACAUUUUCGUACGAUAAAACACGGAUACCUAUUGUUGUCUCCGAGGAAUAAAGCGUGGUAAAAAUAUCUGGCGCGUUCGAGUAACGUGUUCUUCUUUUCCCUUCGGCUCCGCCUUUGCGGCGCGUCUCUCGGUAUAUACGCGGUUACUGAAAUCCCGGCGCAGUUAUCGACGAAAUCGAGCAUCGUCGCGUCGAUUCCGUGUAGCCUCCGGUAUAUUACGCGAGAGUGGAAAGGAAAUGUGAAAGACGGUGGGAGGAGUAUCAAAGUGAUUUCUCGGGUGUGCAGUUGGUGUUUAUCGUACUCGAAGACUAGGCACGGUUUUCUCUCUGUCGGAUAUGCUUUAGAAAAUCGACUCGUUUGUGGAGUGGCCGUGGAAUAAUAGAGAAACAGAAACAGAGGAUAAUAGACAGUGUUCAAAGUGGAUGUGAUCGUGAAUACUGGUACGCGUUGGUGACUCGUCGAAUCUUCACGGGACGAAGAAAUCGAGCAAAAUGAUGGGAAAGAGAACGCAGUGCUACUUGUGCGAUCUUCCCAGGAUGCCCUGGGCGAUGAUCACAGAAUUCUCCGAGCCCGUGUGCCGCGGUUGCGUGAAUUACGAGGGUGCCGACAGGAUAGACGCGGUAUUGGAAUCGGCCAAGCAAAUGAAAAAGGCGCACGGUUUCCACGAAGCCAGAUCGUCCACGUCGAAAGCGUACAGAACGUCCGGGCACACCGAACAUAACGGUGGUACCAAUUUAGACGUUCUACCGAUACAGAACACUGGCCAGACCCAUUCGCGGCAUCACAAUAUCGCCGGUUACUCGCAGCUCCAUCAUCGUAAUUCGAUCACGGAAUUCAAUUCGGGCACGUCGCGACAACAAAUUUCUCGGCAACACGAAGAAACCCACGAUAUCGCGAACGGCAUGAGAAACAACAACGUGAGAAUUCCGAACGCUCACCUAGCCGCUGUGGCGCAUCACGUGAAUCUCAGCCACAACAGAGGGAUCGCACAACUCAAACGCGGUAUUUCCACCAUUGACGAGGACGAACACGCCGAGAAGAGGCUCUCGUUGGAAGAGCAGCAUCCGGUCAGACCUCCGUUGACUAGAGGUGAUUCUUUGCCAGCUGUGAGCCUUGCCGUCAGUUACGUGCAAGACAGAAGCAAGGAGAAGCAUCCUGUUAGAGCGCCCAGUUUCGAGACCGCCACUACGUUCAAAACCACUGGAGGAUACGUUGGUCCGUCUAUUCCUUUGGCGCCAGCAAACGUGGCGGCAAACGGUGGAGGUUCUCCUCUUCGUCCUCGAACGAGCCCUCCACCACCGCCGCCACCGGCUCAAGAAGGUUCCACCGAUAAUUCACAAACGAAUCAUCACCAGGGUUCGACGAAUGGCCCUUCACCUAUGGCCGCGCUCAUGUCUGUUGCUGAUAAUUUAGCGUCACCCGAAUCAGUGCCACAACCACCAAACAACCCAAGUCCAACCAGCAGAAGCCCACCGACCACAGCCACGAAUGCCCAACAACGCAGUGCCUCCAGAGGUUCACAACACAGCCCGAAUAGUUCAGGGCCCUCGGGCAGGAGGUCUAGCGGUUCGAGGCACGUGUCGUCGACGACCGUAACAACGUCUUCUGAAGGAGCUGUAGCUCAGGUCGCCGGUGCUGCCGAGCAAGUGUCAGCGCCCAUACUAAAAUGCACCCUGUGUCAAGAACGUCUCGAGGACACGCACUUCGUUCAGUGUCCCAGCGUGCCUCAUCACAAAUUCUGCUUCCCUUGCAGUCGGGAAAGCAUAAAGAGACAGGGUGCUGGCUCAGAGGUUUAUUGCCCGAGCGGUGAAAAGUGUCCACUGGCGAACAGUCAAGUGCCAUGGGCAUUCAUGCAAGGCGAGAUAGCCACCAUUUUGGGCGACGACACAACGGGUUCCGGGCUGAAAGUAAAGAAAGAGAGGGAAACUUAAAGAUUCUUUAUGACGUUUUAAUCGGGGCUCAAAUUUUGCACCCUCUUCAGGAGGGUUAAUCAUGGUGAAACCGUGAAGGUUCGCCGACAAAACAAGAAAAAAUAAAAUUAAAAUAAAAUACUUUUGGUAACGGUGAUACAAGUUGGCGGUUGACGUUAAAACCCCAACAUCCGUUUCGAGCCAAAGACGUUGUCGGUGUAAAAUUGGAUUAAUCACGAAGGAUUGUUGACGUUGUCGGGGGAAAGUGGACGAUUUUGUUUCUUAACGACGACAGCGUCUCCGUUGUGUUUCGCUCUCGUUGCAAGAUCCCUAAUCUUGACGAGGCGACAGUUGUUUUGAACUCGAUCUCUUUGUACGAUCGAGAUUGUUUUUGACUUGGUCUUGAGAAGAAGUCUUUGGCAUUUUUGCACGCUGGCGUCGGUCCUGUGACACGUUGUACAUACGGGGUUAUCGUAGAACGGUUUAACGCGCGAGGAACAAACGGUGAUUUUUCUGUCCAAGUAUAUUUACGAGGAGGAAGUAGAGGAACCGCGAAGAGAGAUGUUUUCCUGUCCAGUUUGCGUUUGUACUUAGGCUCGAUCGCCUUUGUUUUAUUGUUUCUUGUCCCGCGAGCAUUGUCGCGGUUUUCUUCAAGUACAACAACAACAUACACACGGUACGAAUAUUUAUCGUACGCGCGAACGAUUUUGCUUCGACCAUACACACGUACUAAAUACACGGACAUACUCACACACAACACACGUACACGAAUACACGAGAAAGGUAUGAAACGCGAUGUCGCAGAAAAUUUAGCGAUUGUGUAUUGUACUUUAUUUUUACUCACGCUACAAUUGCGUAAUCGCGAAACAACCGGGAGUAACGAUGCUUCCGAUGUUCGAAUCGUCCUUUUCUAACGUUUCAUUUGUAUACUGUUUCUACUACUACGCUCGUUGUAUGAUAACAGAAAAAAAAGAACGGCGGACAUAUUUGGACCCUGCACACGGGUUUUUACUGUACAUUCUGUAUAUGUGUACAUAAAACUUGCGAUUAAAGGAGGUAACCAUUUUUAAAUGUACAAAAGAAACUUACACACUUGUUUUGCGUAUUAAAUAUUCGUUAAAUUAUUUUUCGUCUUUUCUAGUUUUUCUCUCUUUCGAAGAAACCGUACGUAUUCGUAUUCUUUAUUUUUUCUCUCUGUUCUUUCGUUCACGCAAUCGCGAGAUCUUGUGUAUCUGUCGAAUAUUCGAAGCCGAAGGGGAGGGAGCAGGGCGAGUAUCGUUCUUGUUUCAGUAAUUCGUCAAAACGGAUUCUAAUUAUCCGAUCGUGUAACGUCCACUUUCGCCUUUUAGUUAAUCGCUAGACUUUAAGUGAGGGCCUUUUGGUUUUUCAUUUCGCCGAUGAAAAAGAAGGUACGCCCGUCAAAUAGGAACCAUACACUCGCUAUGUCUAAAAAAAAGUAUAAAAAACAAACGAAAAAAAAAAAAUCGAGUCACAAGCAUACGUUCUCUUGCUAAGGUGUCCGAGAACCUUUCUUUUUCUCCAAGUUUCGUCUCCAAGAAAAAGGAUUUUUCGGAUACGCGAGCAGCUCCUUUUUGUAUAUAUUUGUAUAAAAGCGAAAAACAAAAGAAAAAAUACAAGGAAACGAAUUGGCGAUUGAAAAUUGAUUCGCGAAACGAUCAAAGACGCCGCGGACAACAUUUUUUCUAUUAUCGUUGUCGAAAGAGAAAGGCUCUAAAAAUCUCUAUGUAAUUUUUCAAGCGAAAUCUUGAGGAUCGUUUCUCUUGGUCAACGGCGCUCUUUUUUUAUUUUUAAUUUAUCCCCGUUGUUGUUUCGAUCAGGAAACAACCGUGUUUAGAGGCUAUCUGCGUAGCGUAAGCGACUUAUGUACAACGGCGAGCAUAAUAGGCUUCUCUGGAGAAAAUGACAACGAGGGGAAAGACAUCUAUGCGUUCCUUGCACAUUCACAUAAACAAAUUUUUUAAUUUAGAAGUCGAAGUUUUGGGAAUUUAAUAUUAAGGAUUUGGAACUUUUAAAAUGUGGUAGUUGAGAAAUUUAGGGGUUUAGAAAUUAGGAAGUUUUCAAGUUUACGUGUUUAGUUUACCAAAAUCGAAAGCGUGUGAUACAAGCGUCUUCCCCCUUAAAGUUGAUCUUAUCCGAAGAAGACUACAUUGCACACAAUUGUACCGAGAUAUCGUGCAAAAUUGAUUGCAAAAGGAGAGAGUGAGAGAAUGGAUGUAACUUGUAUGAGAGAGUGAACGUGCGAAAGGGAAAAAAGGGCCCGAUGAAAAAGAGCACAAUUGAUCGUAGCAAUACUUAACAGAGGCUGUACGUGAUAUUUUUUAGUCUAAGGUAGGUAGUUCCUACCUUCUUCAAUGUCAAAGGUGAUUAACGGUACUCGUUUAUGGGUUUGAACCUACCCGCUUGUAAAAGAAGAAAAAUGUUUGUAGUAAAAACUAUUGUGUCCGUUUUUCGACGCAGAUACGACCUCUUGUUUCUUUCUCUUUUUCUUUUUUAUCACGUAUGAUUUUUGCGUACCGUGUUCUUUUAGAAAGUUGGCGGUUUUUUUCCUUUUUUUUUUGGUUUGUUACAUUGAAACCUGAACGAAUGGAUUAUCGCGAGCGAACC